AUGAAGUGGGAUUAUAUAGCUACUUCACAUCUCUUACAAAGAAUUCAGUAUAAGCAUGAACUGCUACCACCGGACCGCUGUGGGAAUAAUAUUCCGGAUGAUGCGAUUUGGACGAAAAUCGACCGCCAAUUAGUGAGUGUUGAAGCUCUUCAUCAAUCUGGCGUACGAUAUGAGGCACGUCCCGACUUCGUUGCUAUACUGGGCAUUCUCACUGAGACUCAAGUCAUGGAUCUGGUGAGGACCAGUACCAAAAUACGUCGGUUACGUGACUCAGCAUACAGCACAAAACCCUGCCAGCUUAGUAGAGGGAAACAAAUCAACGUCAGGCCAAUACAAAAAGAUUCUGACGCAAAGCCAUCUGGGACUUACGCGAGAAAGUCGACAGUGAGCUCUGAUUUGAUGCAACUUGCACCAGAAGAUUUACGCCAGGAGCCAGGUACGCAGGGUUGCAGCCACAUCAACAGAUUGAACAAUAUCGCCGUGGGUAGCUUGUGGCCACAAAGUUUAAAGCAUAGGAGCACGAACAGGUCUCAUAAGAAAAAGACCCAACCAAGUGGGAAAGGAGAACUAGCGUUUAAAAUGUUAAGCAUUGUUGGUUCUGUGGCAAGUGUGGUAAGCCUGGCAAGAGAGCUUUGGAGAAGUAAAUCUCCGAAUGCUGCUAUUACAGAAGGAUUUAGCUAA